UCGGGAUCGAGAUGCCACUUCCUGGUUGAACUGACAGGCUUGCAGAAUGACGGACCACGAAGAGUUCAAGAUGCUCCAAGAGCGUUAUGAUGUGUUGAAAGAAUUGUCCAGCCAAGUUCUUGUACGCUAUGAUGAGCUGCUGUAUAAAUUUCUUGAGAAUGAAAAGGUGUACAACAGUACAGUGCACAAACUGAAACUGAGGGAAAGCCAGCUGAAGGAGAUGAAGAAAUUGAUUCAGCCUGCAAUAUCAGAAUAUGAGAGAAUGAAGUUAAAGUAUGAGAUAGAGUUUAACUGCAGGACUCAGGCAGAAAUGCUAGCCACCAAGAUCACCACUCAGAACAAGGAGCUGAAGCGACAGUCCAAGAUGCUGCUGGAUCUCCAGGGACCGAACCCACCGGACAUUACCAAGAUGAACCUUGACCUUGAUCUAGAUGAGAAAGAGGACUCGAUGGAGGAGUAUCGACAGGAGCAGUCUCAGAAAAUACAGAAGUUGGAGGAAGAGUUGAUUGCAGUUCAGCAGGAGCUUGGGUCUUUGAGAGAAGAUCUGGGGAUAGAAAAGGAUCACUCAAGUAAAUGGAAAACCAAGUUUGAAGAAAUGAAGGAGAGCAGGAAUGAAGCAGAGAAGGUAGUAGCCCUGUACAAGGAAGCAAUGAAGGACCUAUCUAAAGUGUCUGAGGAAGCAGUACGAGAGUAUGAAGCAUUGCAGCAGAAGUAUGAGUUGGAGAAGCAGUGUCGUAGUGGAGCGGAGCAGUUUGCUACAGAGAUUCGGAUUCAAAACGAGGCCAUGAAGAAGCAGAGCAUGAUCUUACUGACGGAGGCGGCCUCUGACCCCAAACUGAUGCUGGCCCUCCACGAAGUGGAACAGCUCACUCAGGAGCUAGAGACCCAGAAACAGAAAUACGAACAGGAGAUCAAAGAGCUGAAGAAGGCUGCUGAAAAUGAGGAUAAAAUGUUCGAGGAACUAGACAAUUCUGCUUACGUGGAUGAAAUCAGACACCUGGAAGCCAAGGUUAAACAGUUCGAGGACCAGUAUAACAAACUCCAGGAUAGAUACAUAGCUUUGGAAGCUCGAUUUGAAGAAGCAACACGGCCCCCACCCCCACCCCCUCCUCCCCCACCCCCGUCUUUGACCACAAAGUCAAAAGGAUUUUUAUCCAAAUUUAAGAGAGAAAAGAAAAAACCUACUGGAGUACAAAAUGUGCCUCAGAAUGACACCUUUUCAAAAGCGAUGAGUGAAAUGAUGGAACGCAUCAACAGCGGAAAGCCCUUGACCCCAGGUGCAAGGGCACCACCGCGACGAAGGGGAAAUUAUAGAGUGGGGUCUAACACUAGCUCUGGAGGCAUGGGGUCUGUGAAUGAAGAGGUCGUACCUUCAGAAACUGUGGAAUCAGAGACAGGUGCUAUGAAGGAGUUAAAUAACAUCUUGAAAAAAAUGAAGCGAACCCAGAGUGAGGCUGACAUGACAAGUAUGGCUGGUGGUGAAGCACAAGAGAAAUCUGCAGACUCAGAGCCUGCUUUCGCAUUCACACUCAAAAAGAGAAUGGUGGGCAGUGAAGCGCGGGAGGAAUCGACUGCAGACACCCCCUUGGAGCCUGCUUUCGCAUUCACACUCAAAAAGAGAUCAGACUCGGUUGACGCCUCAGUUCCAGAAAAAAAGGAGGAGCAGCCAGAAUUUUUGACACCCAGUUUCAAGCUGAAAGGAGGUCGCUUAAAGCAGCUUCUAAAUCCCAUGGAUGAGGAAAACAAUUAAGUCAGGUGAGGAGGAUGUCAUCGUUAAUUCAGGAUGAGCUCUUCCAUUGUUUCUUUUCCAUGUCUUCCAAGACAAUUUCCGAGGCUUCCAUGAUCAAUAGGAGGCUCCCAUGACUCAAACUAAUUCUUAAAAUAACUGAACAUUCGCAAUAGAUUAAUAAUAAAAUGUUUGUCUGUCACUGUGAUUAUAAUUCAAAAUUUCUUGCAUGAUCAUGAUUCCAAUACAUAAUGUGCAAUAAAAGAAAGUUUCUCUGU